AAAGGCAUCGUUUGGUACGGGAAAUGCCUGAGAAACAUGGCGAGACUUAUAUGGACCCAAAACUCAAUCGUGCCACUUGAUUCAAUGUUGAUAAAACUACAUUUUAGAAAAUAUUUUCAAAACAAACAAGUAACCCAACACUGAAAACUCUUCCUGAAGAACAAACACUUCCGUAUAAAACUGAUGCACAGGCUUGUUUUCCUGUUGCGGGUCCAGAUACUACAGCGUUCGCAAGUGUAAAGACCACGAUCUGAAGAUGAAGAAGAAAACGGUGGGGAAGACGCUUCACGUCGUGGCUUGGAUGAACAAAGCGGAGUACGAGCAUGUGCUGGAGUAUUUGUUCUCCAAAGAGCCCGCGCUGCAGAAACACGCGCUGCACAGGAUCUCCGCGUGGAAGGGCAGGUUCGGACAAAGCACUCCGGUAGCCGUGGACAGUACAGCGGACCUGGUGCGUUGUCAGGUGCUGGACAGCACGGGUCAGCUGGAGGCCAAUGAUCUAGUGCUGCUGUAUGGCAUGGCACUGGUUCGGUUUGUUAAUCUCAUCACAGAACGGCAACAGAAAAAAGUUGCCAGACCCUUACGAAGGUUAGCUGGGAAAAUAAAUAUCCCGGAGUGGGUGGUAAACCUCAGGCAUGAUCUGACACACCGCAGACUACCAUCACUAAAGUGGUGCCGAAAAGGUUGUGGAUUUGUGUUGGACUGGUUGCAUCAACAGUACUGGUCUCGCCAAGUGGGCAGUCAGCUGACAGAGGACUGGAACUCUUCAUCAGAAGAGGAGGAUGAAGAGGAGUUUGUUAAAAAACAAGAGGAAGAUCUACUCCGCAGACAGAAAGAGAUCGAGGCACACAAAAAAGUCAGAGAACUGCUCAUCUCUUAUGAAGGAGAACAGUUUCAGACGUACGAAGAGCUGGCAAAGCAGGGAGGGAAGUGUGGCGUGUGGCCGGAUGCCAGCGCUGAUCUCAGCUGGAUCCUGACGCAGAUCAAACACUUCGCCACAGAGGCCAGAGACAUCCUUGUUGAUGUUUUAAUUCAGGAUGGAUUCCUUAUUCCCACUGCAGAACAACUGCAGUCUUUGGAUAUUGACACCUCAGAGGACUCUGUCGACAUGUUCGCUCCAUGUCUUCCUCGAGUGUUUUUGCACUUCUGGUUGCCAUGUUUGAAGGUCUUGAAUUCAUCCAUCUUUAUAAAUCCGAUCCUUGACAAACUGUUCGCCGAGCUCUCGAAUGAGCCGUCCAGUCACAGAACUUACUACAUCGCCUCCUGGAUCUCUGAAAUUCUACUCUGCAAUAGCAAAAGUGAAUUAAAGGCUCACAAGCGACUAAAAAUAUCCAAGGAAAGGAUCUUUUCGAACAGAUUACAGUUUCCGUGGCAGAAUCUGAUUUCUGCAUGUGUGAACGCACCAUGCCCAGCUACACCGUUUCUUCUGCGACAGAUUUUGAGUGACAUGGACCAGCCCCUCUCACAUGAUGCCCAGCAGAAGCUGCUUCAGCUCUGUAGCAUUUACACACAGGGUUACCAUGGAAACUUAUCCCCUGGACCCCCAGACCCCGCUCAGCCUGUGUACACCCUACAAAACCUUCAGGAGAGACUCAAGAGUAAGACGUCACAGAACAGAGACACCCACUCAUCUAACCACACCCCCAGAUCUGUGCAGGCUCCGCCCACAGAGGAGCUCCAGGAAAAACUAAGUGCAGAAACUGUACAAGAGAGAAACUUUGCAUUACGGGGAUCUGCAUGGAGCGUGUGCACAGAUAAAGUCCCCUGGAAACAGUAUCCGCUAGGAAAGGUUCCAGGACAACCAGAGGACCCCUCCUGUUUGAUGGUGGAGUGUUAUUCUACAUUUACUGUAUUUGACCAGCAGGUGGAGCUAGAUCAACUCCCCCAGCACCAUGGCAACAGGAGUGUUCCCCUUCAGAGCAGAGCCAGUGGAUCAGAUGGGCCGCUUUGGACUCAUAGUGAUUUGAGCAAACUCAAAGCUGGACUAAAACUGUUCUAACCAUAGACUGUAAAAAAAUAUGGACGUAGUGUCCGUGACAUCACCCAUAGACUCCUCAAGAGCGGUUUUGAAGCUCAAAGUGUGCAGAGCGGGGCGUCGCCAUCUUGGCAGCGUGUGACUUUCC